UCCAGUGGGAGGGCUUUCCCUGACAGGAGGAAGAAGGCUUGUGACUAGCAGCGGGAUUCAACCUUCAAAAGCCGGCUGUUCUUUUGCUGCUUCCUUUAGAAAAUACGGGAAUCUAACUUAUGGCUACCAGAGGGAUGAAUCUCCGCAAUGUGUGCUGCCUGCUGCUUUACGUUAUCACGGCGGUGCUUGCGGGGCGAGAUUUUUAUAAGAUCCUGGGGGUGAGCAAGAGUGCGUCAGUCAGGGACAUCAAGAAGGCCUACAGAAAGCUGGCUCUCCAGUUACACCCCGACAGAAACCCGGACGACCCAAAAGCUCAAGACAAGUUUGCAGACCUUGGUGCAGCUUAUGAGGUGCUCUCAGAUGAGGAGAAGAGGAAACAGUACGACGCGUAUGGAGAGGACGGACUCAAAGAGGGUCACCACAGCUCACACAACGACAUCUUCUCCAGCUUCUUUGGUGACUUUGGGUUCAUGUUUGGAGGCAACAGACAGCAACAGGACAGGAACAUCCCCAGAGGAAAUGACAUAAUACUAGACCUGGAGGUCACACUUGAAGAGGUGUACUCUGGGAACUUUGUGGAGGUUGUGCGUAACAAGCCUGUAGCCAAAGAAGCCCCUGGCAAGAGGAAGUGCAACUGCAGACAGGAGAUGAGGACGACGCAGCUCGGACCUGGACGCUUCCAGAUGACUCAGGAGACCGUGUGCGAUGAAUGUCCCAAUGUAAAGCUGGUGAAUGAAGAGAGAACCCUGGAGGUAGAAAUUGAACAAGGAGUGCGAGAUGAAAUGGAGUACCCUUUCAUUGGAGAAGGGGAACCUCACAUUGAUGGAGAGCCAGGAGAUCUACGUUUCCGCAUCAAAGUGUUGAAACAUCCCGUGUUUGAGCGCAGAGGAGAUGACCUGUACACCAAUGUCACCAUCUCCCUGGUGGAGGCGCUAGUCGGCUUUGAGAUGGACAUCAUACAUUUGGACGGACACAAGGUCCAUAUAGUGAGAGACAAGAUCACUAAACCCGGUGCUCGGAUGUGGAAAAAGGGAGAAGGCCUGCCAAACUUUGACAACAUCAACAUCCGAGGUUCCCUCAUCAUCACCUUUGACGUAGAGUUUCCUCAGACGCAGCUCGAUGAACAGCAGAAAGAUGGUCUUCGGAGUCUUCUGAAGCAGGGCUCUGUACAGAAGGUUUACAAUGGACUACAAGGAUACUAACACACCAACAGACACAGCCUGGACUGAGUUUAUCUGCCACAUAAACACAUACACACACAAUCACACAUCUCUAGUCAACAGGUGUGUGCUCCAUAAUUCUGGCCAGGGUGUAUUUAUUAUUUUCAGAUUGUUCUCAGGAUGGCUUGAACCCAAUUGACUUUUUACUUUUUAAUGUUCUACAUCUUGUCAGCAGUGGCACAAUUGCAGAUGUUUUAUUUGACAUGUAUAAAUGGAAAUAAUGCCAUUUCUUUGUUGUACUUUUUUUUGUCCCUACAUUAUAUUGGAAUAAGGCCUACUGUUUCUUUUUUUUAAAAAAAAAAACAAAAAAAAACAAAUCACCUGUUUCUACCUGAGUGAAGUGUUUAAAUCGAACAAACACUGUCUGCUAAUGAGUUGACCGCUGCACCUUUCUCACACUCACUCUCCCACUACAUCUGCUGAGGCUACUGAUAAACUGGACAACUGAAGAAGAAGAAGAAAGUCCACUACCAACUUUUCAACAACUAUCAACCUGUGCAAGAAGUUGCUUCGUUUGGUCCAUUUUUUUGUUUUAAAUUAGUUUUAUGAAUGUAACAGCUUUAAAAUGGUUUUUUGCUCUGGUCAGUUUCCUGUUCAAUAAUACUUUGUAAAUAGGGAAGAACAAAGCUCACCUGUUUAUUGUGUUUUAGUUUUCCUAAUUUAUGUUGCCUCUCCACAGUCUGUUUUACAUUUUAACACAUUAUGACAGGAGCUGUCUGCAUUGCACCCCCUGCCCCCGCCCCCCAGGUUCACUGUGACAAGAGUUGACCUCUUCAAAUAAACAGUGACGUUUUAUUAUUUCUGUGGAAGGGUGGUUCGCACCUCCUGCAGCACCACUAGUCUGGACUGAACACCUCUAACCUUCAGACGAAACAUCAGCAUCCCUGUUGGGUUUUGCUGGCUGGUUUGGUUUAUAAUGUGGUUAUAGGAUUCACCUCCUCUCUGUUUUUACUGUCGACUGCAAAGCUGCCUCCCAGUUUUAUGAGUGUCAUGGCCUUAAAAUGUGAAAUUACCUGGCCAUUUUUACUGAGUGUCCAAGGGGAUAAUGUACUUUUGACUGACAAAAUAAAGAUUUCUACAAAUUCUA